AUGCGCCUUCUUCCGGCCUAUUUACUUUUGGCUGGCAGUGGAAUUCCUUCCAUCCUCGCCAUCCCAGCUGGUUCUAGCAUUACUCCUCCACCUCCGCUACUGCCCGCUCACCAGCUCUCUCACCCACCAGACCCACGCCGUCCGUGGACCCGACUCCGUGACUGGGUCAUCGAAUCCGUCUGGGGUAUUGAGCACUCCAACUGUCCCAAGCAUGCCCAGAAUCUCCCUCCUUCCAAUGUUCGCGAUCGCUAUGAGAGUGAUGUUGUCCUCCGCUUCCAAAUUCGCCAGCCGGAAGAAGCGGACGCUUUGGCCGCCGCCUCCCGGGUUUUGCUCCUCGACGUCUGGGCCAUUACCGCAGAAUAUGUGGACAUUCGACUGACAGAUAGCAUGAUUCCUUCCCUGCUGGAGCUGCUGCCUGCUUCCCUCCGUACAUCGCACACCCCAUUAAUGGAUGAUCUCGUCGAUAUGAUCUAUGCCACCUACCCAAGAACUCAUUAUCACUCUUUGCACCCAUUACACCCCGAUACGGGAACUGGAUCCGCCCACGGCCGCACCGCCGACAUUGAGGAUGUCUUCUUUCGCGAAUAUCAGCCCUUGUCCGUCAUCGUGCAAUGGAUGCGACUGAUGGCCUCAAUGUUCUCCUCCCAUGCCAGCUUCACCAAUAUUGGUCUCACCUACGAAGGCCGAGAGAUCCCGGCUUUACGACUCGGCGCACGUCGUGAUGGACAUGCUUCGCCAAGGCCGCGGAAGACCAUCGUCAUGAUGGGCGGUCUCCACGCUCGGGAGUGGAUCAGUACCUCCACGGUCACCUAUGUUGCUUAUAACCUGAUCACCCAGUAUGGCGAGUCGCUCGAGGUCACCCAUCUUCUUAAUGAAUAUGACUGGGUUUUCAUCCCAACUUUGAACCCCGAUGGUUACGUCUACUCAUGGGAGUCGGACCGCUUAUGGCGGAAGAACCGACAGCCAACGGGCCUCCCGAUCUGCCCAGGAGUCGAUCUCGACCGUGCCUGGGAUUUUGAGUGGGAUGGCGAAACAACCCGCUCAAACCCCUGCUCAGAGAAUUAUGCCGGUGCCGAACCCUUCGAAGCAUUUGAAUCUCAACAAUUGGCCCAGUGGACGCAAAACGAGACUGAGAGUGGGAGAGCAGAUAUCAUCGGUCUCUUGGAUCUACACUCCUACUCUCAACAGAUCCUAUACCCUUACUCCUACACCUGCUCCUCCAUUCCUCCCACCCUUGAAAGCUUAGAGGAGCUGGCUUUGGGCCUGGCCAAGGCAAUUCGAAUGACCACUCGGGAGUCAUACGACGUGACAUCUGCCUGUGAGGGUAUUCUGCCGAACGGGGAAGCAGCCAAUCUGAAUUCGGGCGGCAGUGCCCUAGACUGGUUCUAUCAUAAGCUGAAUGCCAGAUACUCUUUCCAGAUCAAACUCCGUGACCGCGGCAGCUACGGUUUCCUCCUUCCCUCAGAACACAUCGUACCUACUGGCAAGGAGAUUUUCCAGGCCGUGCUGACAUUCGGAAAUUUUGUGCGGGGCGAGGAUUCUAGCUUGACAUCCGGUGAACCCGUGGGGUCGCAGCAGCAACAGCCGCUGAUUUGA